UCUGUGUAUGAGUUUAUUUUUCCGAUUUUUCCAGAGUUUUACUGUUUCCCACUGACGAAUGCGCUGCACAGAGCGCAAUGACAACUAGUUGGUGAAAGUUACGACGGCUAGCAGAAGGAAAUUUUCCACCACAGUUCUGACAACAAGUGUUUUCUAGUGCGUUCGACGUUUAGCUGCGAAUCGUCGGAAAUGGUGCUUUCCAGUAACAGUGGAAACAACGUUCGAUGAAUUAGAUUUACGAACAGCUAGUUUUAUAUUCGCAGCUGGAACGGCCAUCGUCAGUGAUUUACUGUUUGUAGUGAGAAUAAAAAAACAGUGUAUCCACAGCAUUCCAACACUAUUCGUUUACAGCCGCCGUCGUAUUUGUUGUAUAUUACUGAGAUUAAGAGCAAUGAUGAACUCAUCGCACUGGGAGGACUUCUACGCGACCCAUCUGCCGCCAAAUUGCUUCGAGGACAACCGAUCCCUGCUGAAGGAAUUCUGUGAUCGGCACUUCAAACUCAAGAGCAACAUUGUGCUCGUUACGUCCGGUGGCACAACGGUUCCUCUGGAACAUAAUACGGUUCGAUUCGUGGAUAACUUCAGCGCGGGAAAUCGCGGUUCUGCUUCGGCGGAAUAUUUCCUAGACCAUGGGUAUGCCGUCAUCUUUAUGUAUCGCACAAAAUCAUUGGAACCAUUCACGAGGCAUUUCAGCGGCCAGCAGCUGCUCGAUAUGCUGGAGUUGCAUGAGGAGGGAAUGAGCACAACGAUAACGGUGAAACCCGAUUCGGUGGACGUUCUCGCCCCCAUUUUGGACAAAUACAAAAAUGCACAGGAAACUAAUCGGAUGCUGUACCUAACCUUCACCAGCGUCAUGGACUACAUGUGGCUGCUGCGGGCGGCAUGCGAGUGUUUGGCCGCUUUCGAGCGGAACGCGGUGCUCUAUCUCGCUGCCGCCGUGUCGGAUUUUUACGUUCCCCAGGACGAGAUGCCAACGCAUAAAAUUCAAUCCGGUCAUGGUGCCCCGACGAUUUCGCUGCAGCUGGUGCCAAAGAUGUUGGCCCCGCUGGUGAGCCUGUGGGUCCCACUGGCCUACGUUGUCUCGUUCAAGCUGGAAACGGACGAAAGCCUGCUCAUCGCAAAGUCCCGGGAAAGUUUGAACAAGUACAAGCACAAGCUGGUGAUUGCCAACAUUCUCCAAACUCGCAAGAAUCGGGUGGUGUUCGUUACGCCCAACAAGGCGUACGAUGUGCUGCUGUCGAGGGAGCAGGCCCACAAAGGUCAGGAGAUCGAGGAGCAGAUCGUGGCCGAUGUGGUCGAUCGGCACCAGGAAUUUGUCCACGAGGGAGAAAAACAGGAGCUCCACCACCAGCAGCAGCAGCAGCAAUGACCCAUGCGCUCGCCGAGAGCACACAGUGGACAACAGUUCCAACAGCAACAGCAGCAGCAGCAACAUCAAUUUCAGCAACAGCAGCAGUCCCAAGUGGACUGCCGGGUUACGAUGCCGCAUUUUUGCAAGAUAUUGAAUCCAGGGAGAAAAUACUGAGCGUAUGGAUGUUGUUGGAUUGUUUUGUUUGUUAAGACGUGAUCACGCGAGUGGUAUAAAAAUGGUUAAAUUAUAUAGAUUUUAAUAGGUGUACAGAACGCGGGACAGUCGCAGGACAUAAUGGUAUCGAUUGUGUGUAAGUCAAGGCGCUCAAAUUAUGCAAGGUCAACGUAUUGGUUUGAUAACUAUAUAUCGAUGUUCAUGUAACUGUAGGGAUAGCAGUAGUGAGUGGCAGUAAUCUAUAAUCAUGUUCUGGACAAAGGGAACCUUAACUGUGGGUAAGAACGUAGAUAAGAGGAAUAACGUCCGAUCUGACUGAUCAAUGCCCUAAAAGUGGCUUUCAUAUUCAAACUCAAUUCAAUCUCUAUGAAUUCCGAUAUUAAGGGAUUAACACAUUAUAUCAUUUUAAGGAUAUCUGCAAAACAAAAUCUUAAAGGAAAUUUCGAUUACAGUGUUCUUUCGAUUUUGUCACGGUCGAAAAAAAAAUCACAGAAGGGUUGUGUCCAAAACACGACCACAUAGUUGACGUUGGAUUCUGUUAGGCUAUCUGUUGCAUGUUGAUUUUUGAUAUGUUUGAAAAAUUACAUCUUCGAUAAUGAGAUUGGUGGCCCUGAAAAAGGCCGUUUUGUUUGGUUGUUGGGUAUGUUAACUCCACCAGUGUUACAACCGAAUGAUGAUGGCAGGAAGAUGGUGAUGCCGAAGUGGAAUGAGCAAGCAAACCAUUUGUCAUGACAAUUGUCAUGCGUAAAUGCGAAAACAGAAUAGAAACAUACGGUAUGAGGCAUGUUGUCGACGCCAACCUCUCUCAGUUUCUAUUCUGUUUUCGCAUUUUCGCAUGACAAUUGUCAUGACAAAUGGUUUGCUUGGGAAUGAGGAAUUAUGAACCUCGCCCUCUGUGGCCUUGAACCAAUUGGCUUCUGAAUUCUGUAUGGAUGAAAUAUGGAUGAAUAAACUCACCUAUGUUAUAUGGGAUAAUUAUCGUAAUCGAGCUGAAUUAUGAAUUUUUCUCACCAAGAAAACAUGUUACUUCAUUAUAUAGAACACAUAUGGUAUGUGUAACAGUUAUGGAGGACACAUGUCACCAAUUUGCAGAAAUUGGCGAAUAAAUACUCUAUUUUAGUGCAAAAGUAUACUUUUUCUAGCAGUUUGAACUCUGUUUCUGAAGAUUCUCACUGAUAUUUCGAUGAUUAACUCACUUCCAUGUACCCAUUAUGGUAAUAGUGUUCCUGGAGUUUCAUAAUAAGUGUAACUAUUAUGGUAAUAGUCGGUGUCACAUGGGAAAAAAAGUUAUUAGUAUUCAAAUAAUACUUCAAUAAUAAUUUUUAAAUAAAACCAUGUAUCUAAAUAUUAUUCCUAGUAUGUAAUACAAUGUCGUUGGUUCUACACUCAACAAAAAUUAUGGAAACGGAGCGCGAUGUCGAAGUUUUUAAGUGAUUUUAGAAACGCUGAAACUUUGUGACAAACCAACGCAUGAAGAUGGGAUAUACAUCAUUUUAAAGCUUCAUGUUUUGAGAUGUAAUACUUGAAUGAUCUAUAUUUUUGUGUAGGCGUAGUAAAUAACAAUACUGGAAAGAAAAAAAUCGUUUUCUUCCGUAUUUUUCAAGAUUUUGUAGAUUAACACAGUGUUUUUUUUUAACCAAGUCAAUAGCAAAUCCAAUCAACCUUACCAAUCAGCAUUCAUUUGAUUUCAAGAACACUCCUGUAGGUCAUUUUACUACAGGAAAAAGUUUUGAUAGCAUGAAAAAUUUCCCUUUUUCUAAUGAAUACUUUUUCAAUAAUGCGAUUAUUCCCAAAUCAGAAGGCAGUUUUGAAAAAUACAACAAAUUCAAUUGUACAAGACUCAUUAUUUAUUAUUCAUUAUUCGGUAGUUUUUACCUAAUUGUUGCUUUUGCUUUGAUUGAUUCUCUUAAUAGAUUUUCUCUUACGAUGACCAUAGCCUUCCAGACAGAUUUUAACGUAGGACUACGUCUAACCGGAAGAUGUGGGGGGGGGGGAGUAAAAUGAAAAUCUAGGCACUGAACAAGUGGGAAAAAAAUGAAAAGUUCUGAACGCUUAUUUCUCUAGCAUUUCUUGAUAAAUCGCAAGGUAUUUGCUUCAUUUGAUAGGAAAUAUUUCUACGCGUCUAUCACAAUGAAUAAUAUUUAAUUUUUCUUGAGAUAAACAAUUGAAUAAUAGUGAAAUGUCAAGCAUUGUCCAAACGCAUUGUGUGCCUCGUUUUGAUUGGUCCGAUUUGUGCUCCUCAAAUGGCUCCGACCAAAACGAGCCACCAGAGUAAUAGCGGAAUAUAAUUUGGGUACAAAUGAAGAAUCAUAUUGUAAGCCACUCCCACUUGUGAUUCUACCGCAAAUCUUUCUUUUCUAACCAAGUAGCAGAACGGUUGUGCUAAUCGUUUUAUCAUAGAGCGGCAGCAAAGACAGGAAAGGCUGAAGCAGUGUCAUGAGCGGCAGGAGCGUAUCGAUGGCAACGGCGAAAGCGGGCAACGAGUUUUAAUUGUGUGGUGCUCAUACUCUAAGAGACUCCGCAGACUGCAGACAUUUCAUCGGCCGGUAGUGUUGUACGGUUUGAACAUUAGUUAAAACCGACCCAAUGUGCAAAGUACGUAGAAUAGGAAGGUAGUCUUCUCCCUGCUUUGUUCAAGUAGUGGUAGGCAAAGAAAAAAAGCAAAAAUUGUAAUAAACCUUCGACCGAAUCCAUAUAAAUUUAUACAUUUUAAAAUUUUUAAAUUAUAACACAAGAACUGUCUCAAAAUAUGUUUCGAAAUGAUGAAAUAGCAGUUUACUUAAUUAUUUUAAAAAUUAAAACAGUAGAAUUAUCGCACCUGUACUAUAAAAAAAAUGCAAAACCGACAAACAAAUGUGUGUAAAGGUUUUAUCGAAAGGAGUGUCGUUCCGGUUCCCGAUCCAAAGAGCGCAUGCAUGGGAUAGCUGAAAACAUCUCCGAUUAGUUUAUCUCAUUCGAAAUUAUUCUGUUCCGGCAUCGCGGGACGUGGUACUUCAACAUUUUGCUGAAGUAAACAAAAACUGUUCAGUAUGAAAUCGAUAAGUGUGUAACACAUGCGCUCUCUGUGUGUAUACACAGGAAAUAUCCCUUACCUUCUAUUCUACGUACUUUGCCCAAUGCGUGCACGUAUGGAUAUCUCUCCGUACUGAUCAAGAAGCCGAUCAAACUAUUCGACGAUAAAAAGUCUGCAGUUUGUGAGGACUUCAAGGUCAUUGUUCCACGAAUAUCAGCAGCAACAACCACCGCGUUUUCAUCAAAUGGACAACCGUUAUCCGUCGCUUUCGUGGAUGGAUCCAGCACAACAGUGCAUGUGACUGCAUUCAAUCACAGGCGAGAAAAGUGCUUCUGCAACAUGAGGACAAAACUUUCGGCAUCGUGAGAACGAUACGAAAUCUAUUUGCGC